AAAAACUAUUGGAAAUGUUUAACUACUAAUUAAAGCGAUUUGUACAACACCUGGAGAAAAUCUUCCACAGAAAUUGGUUGUAUAUUGCUUCAAGCUAUAUUCAGUGUUAAAAACGCUGUAAUUACACAUUAGAAGAGACUCGAAACAGUGAGAAAUAGGUGAAUUGUCCAUCUGAGCUCGAGCAGACAUGGAGUCUUGGAAGAGUCACGUGCGCGCGGCGUUGUUUCACAGAGACUGCAAGCAGAAAGAUCCUUUCUCUGGCCUCUUUGAUAAGGUGUCCAGGCUGGAGGAGAUGCUGGACUUUCAUGUCAAACUCUGGCAAGGCUGUUCCAAAGAAAACGGACAUUCUAGGUGCCCAAAUGAAGACGGCACACUUUAUUUGAGAGUGAAUGAGGUGGAAUUUCUUAAUCAACAGCUCAAGCAGAAAAUCGCAGAUCUGACCAGCAAUAUAUACCUGAAGGAGGCAGAAUUACAGUACUGUCACUCACAAGUUGCCCGUUACAGGACCGAAGCGGUUUUGUUGGCCCAGGGGACUUCCUGUUUGAAGUCAGAUCUGGAGGAAUAUGAAUAUCAGCUGGAGUGUCAAUCAAAGGAACUGACAGCACUGAGACGGGAGCACAGCAAACUGACAGAGGAGAUGGCUGCCACAAAACUCCAGAAGGAGGAACUCCUAGACCGCUGGUUAGAGGAGAAAAAACAGGAGGCCGUGAGGAUUAAUAAGCACAAUGCAACACAAGAAAGGUGGCACCGUUUGGCUGGUCGACUGAAGAAGCGGUAUCGGGGAAGGUCUCGCCCUCUACCGUUUGUAGCAGCUAACACUAACAGCUCAGACAUCAAACCGACUGAGUCGAACAUUUAGCGUCCUCCUUCUCGAAACAAACGUUGUUAUCUAGGAAUGUGAAUUUUAUGAUGUUUCUGGUGAUUUUAUCCACCUCCUCCCAUUUUUUGUCGUAUUUCAGUACUAAUAUCUAAACAUUCUUAAAUCAAGAUACAUCUAAGAGGCAAAAUAUUUUAAGAUAUUAAGUCUUGAAUGAAAAAUAAUCUUAAUUCAAAGUGAAAAAAAUCUGACCCCAUUGACUUUAAUCAUAAACUCACUUUAUUUUGACUAAUUGUUCAUUAAACAAGACUUGAUAUAUAUAUUUGCUUCUCUUGUAAAUGCCUUGAUUUAAGUUUGAGAGAAAAUCGUAAUAUAUAUAUAUAUAUAUAUUUGUUAUUGUUUUUUUGCAGUGUGAGAGCAAAAACUUUAAAUUUUCUAAUGUUGAAUUCAAAAGUCAUUAUAAAAGCUUACUCUUAAUACCCCAAAUUUAAUACGCAGCCAUGUUGUAUUUUAUUUGUUUUAUUAAAAAAAAUUAAAUAAAAAACAGAUUUAAAAGAAAAUGGCAAACAGUGUCUCCUGUGAUUAUGAAAACUGUUAAAACAACAAAUUUCCUUACUCCUGAGGGAUGUUAAAUCUCUAUACAUCCAUUACCUGUUUCUUUUUUUUACUAAAUGCAGUAGCCCAACAAAUUAAAAGCAGCGCUUUCAUAUAUGUACAACCUGCAGAAAGACAAUAUUUGCUCAAUCGCAUAUGAUCCUCACAGCAGCACAGAGAGACAUGCAUGGCCCGUGUCCAUCUUUGUGUAAUGCGCAGGGGGUUAUUAUUGUACACAGAUCACAGGAAAAAUCAAGACGGUCUUUUGUGAAAGGAAUAAAUAUGGAGCAAUUUAGCCAUCUUUACAGAUUGGCUUGCUGUUCAUAACAUAACAGUUGGCACAAUAGAGUAUAAUUAUCA